AUGGGGCCCCAUACUUGCCGAGACGGAGCCACGGCCUCUGGACUGGCUUUCCGCCCACCCCCCAACUCCCUUCUGCUGCCCCGUGAGGCUCGCGCCCUUACAAUAGUGGUAUACCGCCUUCCGGCCGAGUUACUGGGGGAAAUUGGUGGUCUGAUGAAUGUGGAUAUGGACGUCUCAUUCACUAAUGAGUUCCAUGCACGCACUGCCAGCGAACACACCUUGGAGCCACCUCGGCAUCCUCCUGGUGACCAUAUCGGAGAUCACGGCCACAGGUGA